UAGCUAGAGACAUCGUCGUGUUUUGAGCGGCUGACACAUAUUUUCCGAGUCCAGCGGAUCGAGCGGACUACGCCACACUAGUUUUCAAUUCAGUGCGCAAAAUAAGGCAUAAAGAAAAACAGUAAAAGUAGGCGAGAUAAAAAGGAGACAACGGCACAAAGUAAACCCAAAGGCAGACUAUUCAUUUUCAAAGGGUAGCCCUCCCCCCUUUUCCCAUCUCUUUCGGUCUUUAAGCCAGCUCUCAAACAAGCUCACACAUACACUGGCAUGCAUGUGGCAUAACACGGCCACAGAAGGAUAUUCAUUAGCCAGGUUUUGUGUGUGAUAAAGUGAAGUUUUGGUGCAAAAAACGAGAAUUCAAUGCAAGCAGUUCCCCAUUUUAUUUGCAGUUUGGAAAGUUAGUAAAUCGCAGAAUCGGAGAAGUUCUAAACAAACAACAAACAUCAACAGUGACAUGUAGUGAGCGGCCAAGUGCAGCAUUUUCAGUGCACAAAAGUUCAAACACAGCCGGAGCCGAAGAACAAAAGCCGAGCAGCCGGAGCGGGCGCUGCAAAAGUGCAACAGCUGCACAGGAAAGCGAACUGAAACCCCCGCCCGAACAGGUCCAUAAACAGAUUCAGAUUCGAACCCAAUUCCCAGUGCCGAGUUGCCAGAUUCCGGAUUCCAAAGCUGCUGCGGCGGGAGAAUGUGUAGUGCAACACACGGGCGGCAGCUUCAAGUGGCAAUUGUGGCAGCAGCAGCAGCGGCGAACUCAACCGGAUAAUAAGUUGUGGAUGCGGCUUGCAGCCCCGGGCAGGCAUCCCGAAUCCGCCAGGAACACCAACUCCUAACCGAGUUACCCAGCGUGCAGAAAUCGCGAAUCGCCACCAGAGACAGUGGUCAGUGUCAGUGACGUCAGGCCAAAGUAGGACACCGCCCAUCGCCACCGCCACCACCACCGCCACCGCCAUCGCCACCCAUCGCCGCCCUGCGCAUCCGCGUCAUGGCCUCCGUACGGCAGAGCAGCCUCCUGCCCAUGUCCUUGCCCCUGCCCCUGCCCCUCUCGCUGCCCCUCCCCCUGGUUUUAGUGCUAUCGCUGCACCUGUCCGGCGUCUGUGGCGUCAUCGACCGCCUGGUGGUGCAGACCACGUCCGGACCCGUCCGCGGCCGCUCGGUGACGGUGCAGGGCAGAGAGGUGCACGUCUACACGGGCAUCCCCUACGCCAAGCCGCCCGUCGAGGAUCUCCGCUUCCGCAAACCGGUGCCGGCGGAGCCCUGGCACGGCGUCCUCGACGCCACACGUCUGUCCGCCACCUGCGUCCAAGAGCGUUACGAGUACUUCCCUGGCUUCUCCGGCGAGGAGAUCUGGAACCCCAAUACCAAUGUGUCCGAGGACUGCCUCUACAUCAACGUCUGGGCACCGGCAAAGGCUCGACUCCGCCAUGGGCGGGGUGCCAAUGGGGGUGAGCACGCCAAUGGCAAACAGGCGGACACGGACCACCUGAUCCACAACGGCAAUCCGCAGAACACUACCAAUGGCCUGCCCAUUCUGAUCUGGAUUUACGGCGGCGGAUUCAUGACCGGAUCGGCCACCUUGGACAUUUACAAUGCAGACAUCAUGGCCGCCGUGGGCAAUGUGAUAGUGGCCUCCUUCCAAUAUCGCGUCGGUGCCUUUGGGUUCCUGCACUUGGCGCCGGAGAUGCCAUCGGAUUUCGCGGAGGAGGCGCCCGGAAAUGUGGGCCUGUGGGACCAGGCUCUGGCCAUUCGCUGGCUGAAGGACAACGCCCAUGCCUUUGGCGGAAAUCCAGAGUGGAUGACCCUAUUCGGGGAGUCGGCGGGGUCCAGUUCGGUGAACGCCCAGCUCAUGUCGCCGGUGACCAGAGGCCUGGUCAAGCGGGGCAUGAUGCAGUCGGGCACCAUGAACGCCCCCUGGAGCCACAUGACCUCCGAAAAGGCCGUGGAGAUCGGCAAGGCGCUGAUCAACGACUGCAACUGCAACGCCUCCAUGCUGAAGACCAAUCCCGCUCACGUGAUGAGCUGCAUGCGGUCGGUGGACGCCAAGACCAUAUCGGUGCAGCAGUGGAACUCCUACUCGGGCAUCCUCAGCUUCCCCUCGGCGCCCACCAUCGAUGGAGCCUUCCUGCCGGCCGAUCCCAUGACGCUAAUGAAGACGGCGGAUCUGAAGGACUACGACAUCCUGAUGGGAAAUGUCAGGGACGAGGGCACUUACUUCUUGCUGUACGAUUUCAUCGAUUACUUCGAUAAGGACGAUGCCACGGCGCUGCCACGGGACAAAUAUCUGGAAAUUAUGAACAACAUUUUUGGCAAGGCAACGCAGGCGGAACGCGAGGCUAUCAUUUUCCAGUACACCAGCUGGGAGGGUAAUCCUGGCUAUCAGAACCAGCAGCAAAUCGGACGCGCCGUGGGCGAUCACUUCUUCACCUGCCCCACCAACGAUUAUGCCCAGGCUCUGGCGGAGCGAGGCGCCUCCGUGCACUACUACUACUUCACACACCGCACGAGCACCUCGUUGUGGGGCGAAUGGAUGGGCGUGCUGCACGGCGAUGAGAUUGAGUACUUCUUUGGCCAGCCGCUGAACAACUCCCUGCAGUAUCGACCUGUGGAGCGUGAGCUGGGCAAGCGUAUGCUGAGUGCGGUCAUCGAGUUCGCCAAGACAGGAAAUCCCGCUCAGGAUGGCGAGGAGUGGCCGAACUUCUCGAAGGAGGAUCCCGUCUACUACAUUUUCAGCACGGACGAUAAGAUCGAGAAGUUGGCCAGAGGUCCGUUGGCGGCCAGGUGCUCUUUCUGGAACGAUUACUUGCCGAAAGUCAGGAGUUGGGCAGGCUGCGAUGGCGGUUCAGGAAGUGCUUCCAUAUCCCCCAGACUGCAGCUUCUGGGAAUCGCUGCUCUGAUCUACAUCUGCGCCGCAUUGCGAACCAAGGGGGUUUUCUAAAAGAAAACCUCUGCCGGCAGAAUCCACACACACACACACUGGAACACACACCACAUCCACGCCACGCCACACCCACACCCACACCCACAACCAAACACACACUUAAAGUUAGAACACGUAUAUUAAUAAAAUUAGCAAACGGAAGGAAACCAAAUUUUUUGUAGGCGCAGAGACAUUUGUGUAGGAGCAGCAGGAGAUUUGUUUACGGAACUUAGUAGGAUCGGUUUGAGCAUGUCGAUGGCAAUUGCUGAACAUUUGUAAAUUGAACUUAGAGCUCUACGCACGCCCCAGGCAGUCAGAGGGUCGUCCAGUGUCCUUCGAAGGAUCCUGCACCACCCAGCCGGACUUCCGACUGCAGAGACCACUGUUGCCACAAGCCAGAAGCCACAAGCCACGCGCCAUAGGCCAGGCCCAAACCAAAUUGUUUUGUGUAGCACAACGCUAAAUUGCUUCAUUUGAGAGAAAUUAGCCAAUGGGCGGGCGCAAUUUUUGAUAAAUAUUAAUGCAAAUAGAACUUAAAAUGUUUGUCAUGCCUUCAGGGGGCAGCCAAAAUGAAACAAAGUUUACAGAUAUACGUUUACCGAACGGAAAACUCGCUCAGAUGACAGACAGUUUUUGCCACGCCCACAUUAUUGAGCGAUCUUUGAGCGCAUUUAAUGGCACAAUUUUUGCUUUCAGUUCGAAAAAGUCCUUGUCGCCUAACGAUAUUUGGCCAAAUUGCAUUGGUUUCAUGCUUAGGUUGAGGGUUCGUUUGAUUUCGAUUUAAAUUCCCAAGGAAAAACCAACCACACACGAAAUUUGUAACCACACAAGAUUCUUAUGAGAAAACCCAAAUGGAAAUUUACGCAAAAAUCAACAAUUGUAUUGUACAAAAAUUGGCGUUGGUUUAUUAGGAGGGACGAAAUGAAAAAUAAUGAAUAUAGCCCCAAGUCUAGCACUUACCCAAGACAAAUUUUUUCGAAGCGAACAAAGCGAAGCAAAUUGAUAAAUUGUACUAAAGAAUCGGUCGAAAAAUGAGAUUUAAGCAUAGUUCGGGGCGAAGACGAUAUUUAUAAUGCAAAACAUAUCAGUAUAUUAUUGUAUUUGUACUAAACGUUUUACAAAUUGGCUUAGUGAGAGCUUGGAUGGAGGAAAAAUGAAAUGAUUUAAUACUGAAUAAUGGUAAUUAGAAAUUUUAUACACAUAGCGAAAUUGGAUCAAUGAUUAACACAAAACGUAUUGUAUAAUGAGUAACGUAUAUGUACUUGGUAUGUCUAUAUCUAUAAAUAAAUAUUGUUCAAAACGUAAA